AUGCCUCCGCGUCCUUUUAAACCACCACGGCCCUCCGCCUCCUCCCCACCAGAACCCCGCGCAAAAUCAAAAUCUAAAGCAAACCCCAAAUCCAAAACCAACGCAGGAAUCAAGAAAUCAGUCCCUAAGAGGAAAUCCCCACCAACAGAUACCCGUCGCGAUUCAGGAAGAUCCCUAGGUCUCCCCUCUCUCUCCCCCGACUCCGAUGACGCCCCCGUCGAAGAAGAGGCAGAAGAGAUAGAGGAUACCGACGAUCCAUUCGCAUCGCAACAACGAGCACCGGCUGCAAGAAAAGAGCGGGAGAAGCCGAGGGAAGAGGAGGAGGUGCGGAAACAAGUUAUACCCCAGGAUUUACUAAAUGUGUUGUUGCAUUCGCAUUUUAAGGGGGAGACGAGGAUAAAGAAGGAUGCUUGUAGUGCUAUAGCGAGGUAUAUGGAGACUUUUGUUCGGGAAGGGGUUGCGAGGUGUAUUUGGGCAGGUAGUGGGGAUGCGGAGGGGGGCGGGAUGCUUGAGGUUUGUUGGGUUCCUUGGUGCUGCUUCUUGAGCGAAUGGAAUAUAAGGAGCUAUGCUAAUUUGGGUUUUGGUAUAGGUUGAGGACUUGGAGAAGUUGGCGCCGCAGCUUUUGAUGGACUUUUAACAUACCAGAAGGAUGUAAGACAUACUGGGAUUGGAGCUACUGGACUGGCAUCUCUAUGUUGUAUGGAGUAUGGGACGGUACACGGUGUUGAAACUGGGAUACUCUGACUAUACAACAGUAUACCGAUGGUAUGCUUGAUUGAAAUCUCCAAAUAAUGGAUUCUUACUCAACUACAUCGAAAGUUGAACGAAACCCCCCACUGUAUUGGGCUAGGUUUUGGGAGAUCCCAGCAUGAAACACAAGACACUCAGCAAAGCAACGUUUCUCUGCUCAUCACGCAGCUAUUGGGAAAGACAUAGGGAAAUAUCCAGCCUCCAUUCAAGGCUGUUUUGGUGUCUGAUAAUGGUAUUAAAGCAAAUCCA